AUGCUCACACAAUUUUCAGACUCCAUUGAAGCUCGCCCUACACAGUCAGGUGAAUCUAGGGAUAAGUGGAAAGAUCCCGAGACUCCUUUCCUUCCACCACCGAACCUGCAUUGGGAGGGCACCAUGAAAAUUGUCAUUAGGGAUGAGUCUCAUGUUCGCACACCCUACGUUAUCGAUCGGGGGUAUAGAUUCCCCAAACCCACUCUCCUCCUCAGUCCCAAGUUGCCGGAACGUUUGCAACUAUACCUUGCCAAUUGGCUUGCUGCUUGUCCACUGUGGAUUGGCCGAGUUGAUCAUGAUCCUCCAUGCACUUAUCCCACUCCUCAGCUCUGGUGCGAUUUCCUUGGUAGUGUCCCUUCUGUCCAACCACAAUCUUCCAAAGGGAAAGAGCCAGACAGAAAGAGUCUUAUAGCCACCGAGAAGGGGAUGCGAGCAAUGCGGGACUUAUUCGGCAAUGACCUGUUGGAAACUCAGGGUGAUAUAUUUUCGCCAGAAGGAGUUGUUGAAUUUUGGGGUGAACAAAUCUUCAUCGCUAGUCUCGCCACCCCUCCUUCGCUUCUGGUCCAGAAGAUCACAUGGGAGUUAUUUGAACUUGGCUUUUGGUACGAGUUGAGGGAUCUCGAUCGUUACUUGGCACAGGGAUGUUGGAACAAUGAUGCCAUUAGUCGUGAGCAGCUCCUCCAUAGCAUCUUCCCGAGCGAGGCUGGUUUGGUGAUGUGGUCGGAGUCAUUUCCGUCGGAGAACUAUGGGUUGUGGAACAACACCUUGAUGGGCUGUCUUCCUUACCUUGAGAAUUUCCGGAGACUGCUUUGCAAUUGGGAUGAUGUUCCGCCUUGUCUUACAACACCACUGACCUCGGACAAUAUCACAGAUACAUACUCCUGGGAAGUUAGGCGCGCGGCGGCGAUGUUUUAUAUUCAAACAUUCUUCGAUCAUUUCAGCAGGCCUCCUAUUGUGCCCCACUUGCUUCCCAUGCAAUCAUGA